AUGGCCCCAGCAUUGAACGGAACUUCCAAUGGACAAGUCGCAAACCCUUAUUCUGGCUUUGAUCACCUUAAAUUCACUGUAACUAAUGCCAAGCAAGCUGCUUCUUACUACUGUACCCGACUUGGUUUCCAACAUCUCGCUUACCGUGGUUUGGAGACUGGCAGCAGAGAUGUUGCUUCUCAUGUUGUAAAGCAAGGUGAUGCCAUCUUUGUCUUUGAGAGCCCUAUUCAUCCCGAAACAAUGAGAGAAAUGGCAAACGAAAUCGCUCGCCGUGGUGAUGGUGUUAAAGAUGUUGCUUUCACUGUCAAGGAUUGUAGAGCUGUGUAUGCCAAGGCUAUUGCCAGAGGUGCUAAAUCUAUCAAGGAGCCUGAGGAGAUCACUGAUGAGGACGGUACAGUUAUCAUGGCUACUUUGGCUACAUACGGUGAUGUUGAGCACACCUUGAUCGAACGCAAGAACUACAAGGGCAUCUUCUUGCCUGGCUACAAGGACUCUCUCACCUCAUUAAGAUACAAGGAUCCUCUUGAUGCUAUCUUGCCCCAUGUCCCUCUCGCAUUCAUUGAUCAUGUUGUUGGUAACCAAGCUGAUGGCGAGAUGAACCCUAUUGCCGAUUUCUAUGAAAAGGCAUUUGAUUUCCAUCGUUUCUGGUCGGUUGAUGAUAAGCAAGUGUUCACUGAAUACAGUGCUCUACGUUCUGUCGUCAUGGCUGAUCCUGAGGAACGCAUCAAGGUACCAAUCAACGAGCCUGCCGUCGGUAGAAAGAAAUCGCAAAUCCAAGAAUUUGUUGACUUUUAUGGUGGUGCUGGUGUCCAACACAUUGCUAUCAAUACAGAUGAUAUCAUCACUUCUGUUACAAAUAUGAAGGCAAGAGGCUGUGAUUUCCUCACUAUUCCCGCUUCCUAUUAUGACACUCUCCGUGCUGCAUUGGUUACUCACAACAAGGUCUCCAAGCGCCCCAUUGUCGAGGAUUUGGAUGUGUUGCAAAGCUUGAACAUCUUGGUCGACUACGACGAGAAUGGCUAUCUCUUGCAAAUUUUCACCAGACCCCUUGAGGAUCGUCCCACCUUGUUUGUCGAAGUAAUUCAACGUAACAACCACAAUGGCUUCGGUGCUGGUAACUUUAAGAGCUUAUUCGAGAGUCUUGAAAUGGAGCAAGACAUUCGUGGUAACUUGACAGACAUGGAACCUGCUGCCCCUUCUGCUUAA